AUGCCUUUGGCUAUUCUCCACCUGCAAGGGAACAAGAGGGUGGAUGAAGAGGGACUGUGUCUGUCUUCAGGGCGGCUGCAGGUCUUGCUGAGCUAUCGGGUUCAGGGACCUGUUAUAGUAGAGGAUACCUGCCUGUGCUUCAAUGCCCUGGGGGGGCUUCCAGGACCGUACGUAAAAUGGUUCCUGGAAAAACUCAAACCAGAAGGCCUGUACAAGCUCCUGGCUGGGUUUGAAGACAAAUCUGCCUACGCUCUCUGUACCUUUGCGUUCAGUACUGGAAACCCAGAGGAGCCAGUGAAGCUCUUCAAAGGCCAGACUCAUGGGCUGAUAGUGGAGCCCAGAGGCCCUCGAGAUUUUGGCUGGGAUCCCUGCUUUCAGCCGGACGGCUACAACCAGACUUACGCCGAACUGCCCAAGGCAGUGAAGAACUCGAUCUCGCACCGUUACAGAGCGCUGAGCGAGCUCUCCGCUUUCUUUCUUCAAAGCAGCUCGACAGAGCCCUGCUCUGGUCCCAGCUAGCCCCCCUGGGCUGCGGGCACCCGCUGUUGUCCGUGUCGCGUACCGCCCUGGGAGAGCUCUGCUCCGCUGCGGGCUGACAUUAAAGCUGCUCUUUCUGAACCCGCC